GUGAUGACGGCGGGGGGCGGGGCCGAAACGGCCCAGGGGGCGGGCGUUUGAAAUCCGUGCUUUCGAGUAGACCCGAAACAUCGUUUUAUACCUUCAAGAGCCAAUUACUUAAUGUCUCUCGCGUCCUUCCCUUCCCCGACCCCCUCCCAGCCUCCUUCGUUCCGCCGCUGCGUGGACGGAAAGCCCCGGGUAGCGGACCGCGAGUCCCCGGCUAGCGGGAGGGAGCGUAGAGAAGGAUUACACCCAAGUGUUUAAAGCCAACGGCUCCGGCUUCCUCUCUCCUGAGCUAGACCCAGCCAGCCUAGAGUGGGCUGCGGAAAAACUAGUGUUUUCAUUUAAUUGGAUAUGAAGAAAGAACAAAUAUGUACGGGGGCAACCACGAUCUUUAUAAAGGAGCACAGCAAAGUCAUUAAGGGAAAGAGAUCUGUAGCCUUUCUUGGUGCUAAAUUCCAGAAUGUAAGUUCCAGGAAAGCAGGAACCUUGUCUCUCUUGUUCACUGGUGUAUCCUCUGCAUAUAGAACAGUGCCUGGCACAUAAUAGGUGCUGAGCUUUCUCUAAACACUGCCCCGAAGAUAUAUCCUUAAGGAUACCCACUCAACAGUGGGUGAUUCAACAGACUCAGUGAUUCAACAGACCUCAGAGAACAGAGCUGGAUCUGACUGAGGAGCAUCACAGGCUUAGCCACCAUUAAUUCUGGGCAACUCUUCUGUUGAGAGUGUUGUUCCCUGAUGAAUCAGCAAGCCUAAUAAACGUUAUCACUUCUUUGGCAUAAAAGUCCACUGGUGGUUCCUGCUGACUCAGGCACUCAAAUCCAUUUUUGAAAAAGUAGCAUUUUCCAGCAUCAUCAACUAUCCAGAACAUACCUAAAAACUUUGGAGUUUGGUGCUUAUAAUGGAAGCCAUGAAAUCCAAGGCCAACUGUGCUCAGAAUGCAAGUUGUACCAUAAUGAUUUUUCAUCCAACCAAAGAAGAGUUUAAUGAUUUUGAUAAGUAUAUUGCUUACAUGGAGUCCCAAGGUGCACACCGAGCGGGCCUCGCCAAGGUGAUUCCACCCAAGGAAUGGAAAGCCAGACAGAACUACGAUGAUAUCAGUGACAUCUUAAUAGCAACUCCCCUCCAGCAGGUGGUCUCCGGGCAGGCAGGUGUGUUUACUCAAUACCAUAAGAAGAAGAGAGCCACGACAGUGGGGGAGUAUCGCCAACUGGCAAACAGCAUAAAAUACCGGACUCCACCACACCUGGAUUUUGAGGAUUUGGAGCGAAAAUACUGGAAAACCCGUCUCUAUGAUUCUCCGAUCUAUGGUGCUGACAUCAGCGGCUCCUUGUUUGAUGAAAACACGAAGGAGUGGAACCUUGGGCACCUGGGAACCAUUCAAGACCUGCUGGAGCAGGAGUGCGGCGUGGUCAUCGAGGGCGUCAACACCCCCUACCUGUACUUCGGCAUGUGGAAGACCGCCUUCGCCUGGCACACGGAGGACAUGGACCUGUACAGCAUCAACUACCUGCACUUCGGGCAGCCCAAGACUUGGUACGCCGUGCCCCCCGAGCACGGCCAGCGCCUGGAACGCCUGGCCAGGGAGCUCUUCCCGGGCAGCGCCCGCACCUGCGAGGCCUUCCUGAGGCACAAGGUGGCUCUCAUCUCGCCCACGGUCCUCAGGGACAGCGGGAUCCCCUUCAGUCGGGUCACCCAGGAGGCUGGCGAGUUCAUGGUGACGUUUCCCUACGGCUACCACUCUGGCUUCAACCACGGCUUCAACUGCGCAGAGGCCAUCAACUUCGCCACCGCGCGCUGGAUCGACUACGGCAAAGUGGCCUCUCAGUGCAGCUGCGGGGAGGCCAGGGUCACCUUCUCCAUGGACGCCUUCGUGCGCAUCCUGCAGCCUGAGCGCUAUGAGCUGUGGAAGCGCGGGCAGGACCGGGCUGCUGUGGACCACACGGAGCCCACGGCCGCGGACAGCCGGGAGCUGAGCGCCUGGCGGGGGGUGCGAGCCCCGGGGAGGGCCGCGCUGGGCCUGAGGCACCUCCCACCGCGCCGCGCCCCGCGUGCCCCUCGCCCCGUGGCGGCAGGUCAGGGCACCCGCCGCCGCGCCCCUCUGCGCCCGGCCUCUCCGCGCCCCUCGCCCACCCAGAGCUCCUCUGCCGGCCGGGCUGGUGCUGUUGCCGGCCGCACCUCCCGGGGCCCCGGCCCCACCCGGCCACCGACCCUCACUCCCUCUGCCCCAGAUCUGCAGCCCUCGACCGGUAGGUGUGGUCCUGGUCGUCGUCCCCGGGAACAGGGGGCUCAGGGAUCUGGCACCCAGGCCCGGGCCAAGAGGCGCCUCUCGGUGGGAACCGGGCACACGGCUCAGCACUCGGAGGCUCAGCCCCCGCCUGUGGGUGGAGGCUGGAUGCACAGCCCUGCACCGCUGAGUCCCGGGCUCCAGCAACCCGCUGAGGCUUCCUGGUCUGCCUGUGCCCCUGUUCCUUAAACCCAGGGGGCACCUUUGUAACCCACUGCUCUUGUGUGUGGAGGCUGCUGGAGACUGGCCACAUUAACAACAGAUCUUUGGGCGAGCUUGCAAGUCACAGGUCUUGCUUGAGAGUCCUUUGAUGUUGCCACUGAGACGUUGAGUCCAUGUUCCUUACCAAGUUUGCCAUAGUUGUUCUUCCUGCCAGACCCUAGGAUGUCUUUGGACAUGCUGAUUUCCCAUGUUGCCAGCAGGUUUCAUCCACUAGGCACUCUUGUGUCUCUGUGAACUGGGUCCUGCCAAGGUCACCAGAGCCUCAUCUCCUAUCCUCUGGGUCAACUAUAAAUGCUGCUGGGUUUGGUUCUCCUCAAUCUCCUUCCCUGUCCACUCCCCCCUCCCCUUUCCCAUUUUCUUGAAAAAACUAGGGCCUUUUGACCAAAUGGUCAGUAGAGACUCGGAAAAUAAUUCAUCAUCUUUCUGAGUCUUUGAUGUUAUUCAAACUGUGUUCUCAUCAGUAUUUGUUCACAAACAUAUUAAAGGUAACCAAAAUGUUCAAAUCUGACUGUUUCUAAUAAAUAUUGUCCAUUCAACCAA